AUGUUACAAGUUUCGGUUCAGUCUUUUAUAUUAAAAUUCCAGUUGUAUAGCAGUGUAAAGGACAGAACGCAGGUGGACAGGGAAUUGGAGUCUCUAAGGAGAGACAAAGUUCUGCGUAUUUUCAAAUUAAAUACUGGACAAGAUGAUUAUGCUAUAAUGUUUUUGGAUGACUACAUAAAGCAGAUAGAUCAAGUUUUUAAAAGAAUGGAAGGAAAGAAAGAAAUGGAAUAUGAAGUUUUUGGGUGGUUCAAAAAUUAUAUUCUGGAUUCGAAGCUGGAAAUUGGCAUUGAACAUUGUGCGUGA